GACUGUUAAAACCAAAACAGAAAGGACAUUAAAUAAAGAAAAUUAUCCAAGAUUCACUGAUAUAGUCUUCGAUUCAGACAGUAGCUCUUCGUGGAGCUGUUCAAGUACUUCGAGUACUGACAGUUCAAAAGAAGAAUCAAAAUUAUAUUGGUUCAUUGGACCUGGUGAAUUAGAGUCUAUUCUUCUGAACAAUUCUUGCCAAUGGUAUGUUAAUGAAAUAAACAUGUCAAAAAAGUUUAUGGAAUUUCGCCAACUUGUAAUCAAAAAGGCAUCUCUAGAUAUAAUUGAGACAGUUGGUGAUAAGUUGGCUUUGAACUUUAUCUUUUUAUUUGAGGACUCUUUUAACAAUGAGCUGUUAAAGGAUGAACAUCUUUGGAUUGGAAUUAUGAAUCAAAUAAAGUUAGAUUAUCCUCAAGAAUGUUUAACUACUAAUUGUUUAUUAAAAUGCCAUGACAUUUCAAAGAUGGCACAAAAUGAUUUUAAUAAAUGUAGAUCAUAUUUAAGGACAUUAUAUGAAUCAGAUGAUAUCCAGGAGUGUAUAUUAGAUUCUUACUAUAACAU